AAGUAAAACAGGUUACACGUUAUUAUUCACUUCCAGUUCGAAGGUUAAAACGUGAAGCAUAUUGAAAAGGUAAAUACAACACUUUCUGUAAUGCCCAAAGAACCACCAAUAGACUCCGUUUACAUUGAGCGGCUGUAAUCCCUUUUCUUUUAUCUACUUUGUUUUUUUAUUAAGGCGUGUGCCCCAUGUUAGCUGCGUCUGGUAACUAGCAACGUAGCUAGCCGGGACAGAGCGUUGCUUCCUGUCUGUUACAUUUAAUAUAGAGAGCUACAGCUGGGAUUUCUGAACGUUUUGGGACUUGUUAAUUUGUAGAAAAAUGGCAGCGGGAGCGGCAACGGCAACCGAGGACUACCCGCAGGAGAUAGACGAACAGCUGACCACGUUCGAUUCCUCGGUGAAUGCGGUGAAAACCAUGCUGGAGAAGCUGAUGUCCAUGUCCAGAAACGACCUGAUGCAGACGCUGGAUCCUUUGGAGCAAGCCAAGCUGGACCUGAUGUCUGUCUAUACUCUUAAUUCAUUGUUCUGGAUGUAUCUGGUGACAAAGGGAAUCAAUCCAAGAGAACAUGGAAUCAAGCAGGAGCUGGAGCGCAUAAAGACUUACAUGAACAGAGUCAAAGAGAUCACCGACAAGAAGAAAGCGGCGCGGCUAGACAAGGGAGCCGCUUCACGUUUCUUGAGGAACGCCCUUUUUGAUCCAGACGACAAAGAGUUGAAAAAAGCUGCGACCAAGAAGCCAGUGGAUGCUCCCUCUGAAGCGCCACAGAGAAAACGCCCCAAACAGAGCUGAGCCUGAGGAAGAGCCGCUCAGUCUGCUGUGAGUUUCCUGAUACGGAAGCAAAUGAUCAAACAGCUAAGACGAAGUCAAGAAACGGCAAAUAUUUGUCUUACUUUAAGGGGAGUUUGUUUGGAAUUCAACCCUUGGAUGUCGAUUUUCUAAUGUUCGCUGGCUGUUUUAGAGAUGAACAAAAUGCUAAUUUAUCUGCUCGGCUUGUCGAGUGGUGCUGCUGUUGAGACGUUACUUUAGAUCUCUUUAAUUUGAAGUGAAUUCUAUGAAUACACUUCAAAUAUAUGUAUAUUUUUAACUUCUUCGUUCAUAUUUGGUUAUUUUUAUUCGUUCAUUCUUUUUCCUGUAUUGGUUUAAAAAAAUUUUUUUUUAACGUUCAUGUGAUCUGAAGAGACUUACUCUUUAAAAAACAACAUUUGUCAUUUUGUUUCGGGUGCUUGUGUUCUGCUUUUUGCCCCACAUGUAUAUUCAUUUCUGAAGUCUCCAAAUAAUACAGGAAAAUAAUGUAA